AUGGCCGCCGAAGCGGACGCGGCAGCCGACGACACUCUCAAUGGCCGCUACUAUGCUUCCUCCGCCUCGGCCGCAGCUGACGUCGCAUCGCUGCCGCCAAUAUCGCACACGCAAUCGCGGACACAGGCUCCGCUGCACCAGCUGCCAACCCCACCGAUGAUCACCCGCAUACCGUCCGCCGUGACGUGCGCUUUUGUCGGCGAGGGAUCGGCCAAUGCCGUGUUUUGCGUUGUCCCAGCCAAUGACGUCGAUGAUGCCAGCGACUGCACACCAGAUGCACAGGAUGCAGCGGAUGUGCGAGAUACGCAGGCUGUCAAGGCUGUCAAACCGGUAAAGGAUGCCAACCCCAAGGCGGCAUAUGCAGGGCCCCUGUCGACGCACCUCCUCCGCAUUCCCAAGGCUGGCCCGGGCGUCAGCCCCACCACAUGCCUCGAGCACCACGUCUACUAUUCUUCUGUCUUGCGCCCUCUGCUCGGUGCCGAGUGGCUGGUUGGCCAACAUCUUGUUCAGGGCAUCGUUUCGACCGGCGUGCACGCCGUCCUCGAUGGCUUGCUGCAGGACCUGGACCGCAGCCACCGUCGUCGCCCAGACUGGGUAGGCACAGGCGUGGCCCCCAAUGUUGACGUGGCCCUGCUCGUCGAAGACAUGACGUCAGCGUGCAAACGCGCUUCCUCCUCCGCCUCGACCACCACAACCAUCCAAUGCAAGCCCAAGUGGUUGGUCCAAUCGCCCAGCGCCCCGGCGGGGGCGCGCCGAUGCCGUACGUGCGCGCUCUCUGCCGCAUCGGCGGCUGCGUCGCCGCGGUUGCCGGGGAAGGUGACGACGGCAAACGGAGCAACCAAAGGAGCAACGAAUGGGCACGCUGGCCGGACCGCCAAAGUCGACAAGGCGCACAAAAUCAAGCCGUGUCCCAUGGUCUUGGUCGCCGACCCGCCGACCACGCCGCAAGAGGAAGCCGAGCUCGAGGCUGCGCUAUGGGACUAUGUCUGCAAGCACUUCGGCUCGGCCGUGUCUUUUCCGCCCUCGUCGCCGUUUGCGACGCCGUUCAAUGCCGCCACGCCGCCUGUGGCCCUGCUCAAGGCUCGGCCUGCUAUCAUUCAGUGGCUGCGCACGACCGACCUGUUUCGCCGCAUAGCCGCCAUCCAAGCCGAGUACGACCCGCACGGGGCCAUAGCUGUGGGUUUGGAGACUGGCGACGCUCUCGACCGCCUGCAGACAGCCAUGACGCUGCGUGACUGUACGUGCUUUUUGCGGGUCACGACGGGCCUGACCGGCGAUGCCUCUUUCUCUGCUGCGCCUGUUUCGGUCUCGGCCAAGCUCGGCGACCUCGACCGCAAAGACGGCCGCCUCAAGCUGGCCCGGUGGCAGGCUCAGGAGCGCGCCCUGCUGGCGGGCGGCUUCUACCUCGGCACCGAAGAGCCGCGUCAGCAGACACGCUGCUGGCUCGAGCGCCAGCGCGAUUAG